AGCCAAGUGUUGACCUCCUGAAUUGUAAUAGUACAGUACUACUAAUUAAACAUUUCCAUGAUUAUUAGUACAAAUUUGGUUCUGAAACCUCGAGACGGACGGUAAGUAGAACAUGAGGAGGGUGUGUUGCCCCUGGCGGGAGAAUGGAACAGAACAGCCCCCCAUGCUUCCUAGGUUCCCUGCAUUUUGCUGGCGAGGAUUCGUUCUUGCUAACUUUCGUUUCUACCUUUGCCGAUUUCGCAGGCUAAUUAAGUUCCAGCCCAUUCUGCAUAAUUUCAGCGACAUGAGCAUUUUGUUUUGUGUGUGUGUGUGUGUGGGUUCUUUGCUGCUAACUCUGGUCUCUGGUGCUUCAGUUGAUCAGUACAGACGCCCAUUUCCGUGUGCCAUAAUCAGCAGCUGGUCUGUAUCCUGUUCCUCUCUUGAAUUCACUGUUUAGUCAGUCACUCAGUCUUAGCAUAGAUCCACAACAGCGAACGUUUGCUCCCUAGGGAUAGAGAGCGAACGUUCUCUGUUGUUCAAACCUUUUGUUUCUUUUGACUAUUGCUAGGUGAGUACUCCUACAGUACAGUAUAGCAUAUUAGCAUAGACGUUGGCCAUUUUUCUUCAAUGCGUGUUGGUCAAGCUCGACCCCGUUCCUUAGUAAUGCGGCAGCUGCAGUACCUCUGCGCCAAGUGCAAAACGCUUACUAGGUUAUAGCUUAGCUCUACUCGAUCCUAGCCCGUGUUGACUCUGGGUGGCUCUGCUACUGCAUCUCUGCAUGCAUCAGUUCCUUUUUUGACUAUUUACCGCCUGCUCAGCUCAGAUCAAGAAAACGAAAAUAUACUCGGAAAAUGAACAUAAAAAUGAACUGUAAUAUUAUAAAAAAAUGAGGUAAUUAUUCCCUGUCUUACCAGGUAUUUGUUGUGCACGAUUUUGUCACCUUUGUACGGAGCACCACACAUUUUUUUUAGCUGAUGGAGGCAAAGCCGAAUCGAGGUCUGCAGAAGGAAGAAGAGUACUCCUACUUGUUGGAUCUAGAUCCAACGGCGCAGACAACUGUGUUAGUUAAUCAGCACGAUGCAAACACGUGGCAGCUGAAAUCUGAAAAGAGUCUUCUUGUUGGCAUUCAAUUGGAACCCGGCCGGGUUUCUUGGUUGCCAAGCCGCGAUCGAUCUCGAACCUCGAUCCAUCCUCUUAUUUCGCCCUCGCACCCUCCCGUUAACAACAUCUCUCUUCUAAUUCCUGCUCCUUGAGUCCAUCCGAGAUUUCAGCAGCUCCUCGCCGGCAAUGGCAAUGGCGGCGGCGGACGAACAAUGCGACGGCAAUGGCGCCGACGGCGGCGCCGGCGGAGCGACGAGCCUGGCGGAGGACGAGGCGUUCGAGAUGCUGACGUGGGUGUCGCUAGACGACCUCGCCUGCCGCGACGUGUGCGCGCACUGGCGCCGGCUCACCUACGAGGCGGCAUUCGCACCGCUGCACCUCCGCCGCGCCGCCGCCGGCGGCUUCGUCUCCGGCUACCUCGUCCAGGGCCUCGCCCGCAACCGCUACUCCGCCACCUUCGUCUCCUCCACCUCCGGCGCCGAGGUCUCGCUCGACUUCCUCCCCUGCUCCCCCAGCGUCCGCAUCGAGGCCGUCUCCGCCCACCGCGGCCUCGCCUGCUGCGUCGACCCCACCGCCUUCUCCCUCAGCUCCGGCGCCAAACCGUCGUCUCGCUGCUACUACAUGUGCAAGCCGGCGACGAAGCAGUGGCGCGCGCUGCCCAGCCCGCGGCUGAGGUUCCCGACCGCGGCCACCGCCAUGAUUGCGCGCCCCGCCCCCGCGGGCGCCGACUUGAAGAUCCUCCGCCUCUCAAUCCCAACCCUCCGCGACCGCCUCCGGUGCUAG